AUGGUCUGCCGGUGCGGGGCAGAUUUCAAAUACAAAUGCCCGGCAUGUGGGGCGCCCUACUGCUCGGUGGCAUGCUACAAGGAACACAAGCAGAAUUGCACGCCGGUGGAAAAAAACCAGGCUGUUGAGGGUGAGAAAAUCAACAAAAAUGUGCCGCUGGCCGAGGACCCUGAAAUCGAGCGAAUGCUUCGGUACUCGAGCUUGAGACAGCACUUGAAGCUGGUAGGAAGCAUUUUGACCGACUCAUCGGUGUCGCGGGAGCAAACUGCCGAGGGCAGGCAGCUGGUGGCCCUGAAAAAGCUGCGCGAGCUCAGAAAGGGCGGCCGCGAGGAAAACGAGCUGGUGGAGGAGUUUUGUGCGUACGUUGCAGAGCACUCGUCCAACCUGCCGCACUAA